AUGGAAGAGGGUAAUUCCACCAAAAAUCCUACUUCAAAAAACACCGAUGAUGAGAUGGUUGAUGAUCAAAUGGAGGAUUGUCAAUCAAUGACACCAAUAUCUAUUGCUUUGAGUCCAAAGGGAAUUAAUCCAACCCCUAUUUCUUUUAGGGAGGCGGUAGCUUAUUCUUCACAAUGGUUUAGUGAAGCACGAAACAUUGCAAUCACAACUUUGGAUUGGGAGGAACAACCGGAGGAGUUACCUAAUUCAAAUCUCUUUGUGAAAUUCACCCUACAAAUGCUUUCAAGGCUUCAUGAACCAUGGAAGCUCACUCUAAUGGGGAGAUGUUUAGGGUUGAAUAUUAGGCCUAGUUUUAUGGCUUCACGUACUAAAAUCAUGUGGAAGGUUAAGAGCUCAUUGGAGACAAUUGAUGUAGGGAAUAACGUAUAUCUCUUUCGUUUUUCUACUCUGGAUGAUUAUGAAAGAGCUCUAUAUGGAGGGCCAUGGUUUAUCCUUGACCACCACCUAGUUAUUUUUAAAUGGAAGCCUAACUUUCGUUCCUCCAUCAUAAAUUUUGAUGUAAUGUCUGUUUGGAUUAGAUUUCCUGAGUUACCAGUUGAAUAUUAUGAUAAGGAAGCUUUUUUCCAAAUUGCAAAAAAGGUUGGCAUACCUAUUCGUGUUGAUUAUGCAACUGGUAAGCUUUUAAGGGCACGGUAUGCAAGAGUUUGCAUUGAGAUUAACAUGGCUAAUCCACUCAUUACAAAAGUUUGGGUAGGCGGUGGAUGGCAACACGUCCAAUAUGAGAAUAUUCAUUCUCUUUGUUUUUCUUGCGGCAAAAUUGGGCACCUUAUAAAGGAUUGCAAACAAAUGACAAAAUUUGAUCCAACUGAGACAGUGCAUGGAUCAGGCCCACAAAAAGAUUUGGCACCUUCUAUGGAGCCCACAAAUCCAAUGGUGACACAACAUUCUCUAGAAAAACAAGUACAACCUAAAGCAAAUAUUUCCAAAUUGAAUGUAGGGGCCCACGUUGAAAAGCCUGAUGAAUAUUCUGAUGGGUAUGGCCCAUAG